AUGUCUUGUGAUCGACUUGCCAGUGGUCGAGUAGUGGAUAAUGAACAACAAAUAAAUAAUAAGAUAUUUGGAGGUGAGUUCAUUCAAGCAAAAGUUUUAUACGGUUCACUGACCGAGGCACAGGUACCACCAGCUCAAAAGAGUUAUUAUGAAGAGUUGUUUCAAUUAGCAGAUAUCGAUAGAGAUCAUGUGAUUGGUCCAGGUGAUGCAUCAUUCUUUAGAAAAUCAUCAUUGGCUGAUGAAACUUUAAAAGAUAUUUGGAAUUUAGCAGAUGUAAAGGAUGGAUAUUUAGAUUUGGAGGAUUUUAUAGUUGCUUUAAAGUUGAUAUCAUUGACACAGUUGGGUGCACCAGUUACAUUGGAUAGUAUAAAAGCAAUGCCUGUUGUACCUCCACCUAAACUACUUGAUGUUCCACCCAUCAAAUUCGAUUGGAUCGUUCCACAAUCUGAAAAGAACAACUAUGUUGAAAUAUUUAACAAGAAUGAUGAUGAUAGUGAUGGUUAUAUUAGUGGUCAACAAGCAAGAUCAUUAUUUAGUUCAUCAGGAUUACCAAUGAAAAUACUUGGACAUAUUUGGUACUUGUCUGAUAUGAAUGCUGAUCAAAGAUUGGAUUGUCAGGAAUUUAUUAUUGCAACAUUCCUCAUUCGUUCAGUGUUGAAGGGAUAUGACUUGCCAAGCAAGCUACCAGAUCAACUUAUUCAAUCGUCACACUAUGUAAGUAGUGUCGGUGUACCUUCACCAAAGGUACCAGAUUGGUUGAUUCCACCCGCUGAAAGAAUCAUCAAUGAAGAUAUCUUUAACAAAAAUCAACAAAAUGGUGCUAUCUCUGGCAAACAAGCAAAGGUAAUAUUUGAAAAAUCAGGAUUACCAGUACAAGAUUUAAAGGUUAUUUGGGAUCUUUCAGAUUACGAUCAAGCUCAAUGGUUGGAUAAACAAAAGUUUGUCAUUGCAAUGUUUUUGAUUAGCCAAAGAAAAAAGAAAAAAGAGUUCCCAACCUCUUUACCUCAAAUUUUAAUUGAAUCUUCUAAAUCUUCUUAUUUACCAAUCUCUCCACCUCCAAUUGUUGAACAAUCAAAUGAUAACAAAACAUCAAGUGGAAAAUAUAAUAUUGAUUUGGCAGAUAUUGUUUCAAAGACUGAACCUGUUAUGGGAGGUGGUAUGCCAUCACCAGUAUCUCAACAACAACCUCAAGAGUUUAUGAAUAAUAAUAAUAGUAUUCUUCCAGUUGUUGAUCAACAACCAAAUCCAUUACGUACAUCUUUGACUAUUCCACCUCCACCAUCAGCUUCUACUCAACAUCAACAACAACAAUUUUAUAAUAAUCAAGGUAUGGUAGGAUCAGGUUCAGGGUCAGUAUCUAAACAAUCACCCAUUCAACAACACCACCAACAACAACAAAUACAUUCAAUGUCAGCUCCAAUUACACCACAACAACAACAAGUGUAUAUGCAAUCACCAGCUCAAGUACAAGCCAAAGAGGCAAUUGAGCGUGUAAAGCAAGCCACUUUGGAAAAGGAAAAGUCAUUGGCCGAUCUCAAACAACAAUUUAUUGAAGAGAGCAAGGCUACAUUGGAACUUCAACAACAAUUGGCUGCAGAGACACAGAUAUUGGAAGAAGUUUCUGCAGAUAUGCGUCAAUGUGAAGACAACCUACAACUACAAAAGCAAGAGACCAUGGCAGUCAAGGAAAAGAUCUCAUCGGUGCGAGUAGAGAUCAAAAUGAACAAGUCACAAUUGGAGCAAGUAAAAAAGUUGUUGAGCGAAAAGACAGAACAGUUUGAAGAACAAAACGAAUCACUCUCGUCACUUCAAAACGAUUUGCAAGAGAAAAAAGCUGAUCUCGAGAAAUACAACCAAGAGGUUGAGAAAUUGAUUGCUCAAAUCGAAUCGAUAAAGUCGUUAAAGUCAGAUUCUAAAGGCGAGUUGAAACAAGUAAACAGUGCUUUGACUAGUGCCAAAGGACAAGUCUCCCAAUUGACAGAUGAAUUUAAACAACUUAAAACACAAGCAAAUAUUCAAUCACCUCCUCCUCAACAACAUCAUGUUGUUUCACCAACCAAACAACAACCAACAUCACCCUUUGAUGAUAAUGAUAAUGAAAAUCCAUUCUCAUCAAAAGAUAAUAAUGAUGAAUGGGGAUCUUUUGAAACUGUAUCUUUUAACAAUAGUAACAAUAAUAAUAAUAAUAAUGUACAACAACAACAACAGCAACAACAACAACAACAAACAACAAAUGUUGUUACAUCACCAACAAAUUUAACGUCACCAACAUCAGUAUUUUCUUCAUCAAAGAAUAUGUUUGAUACACCACCACAAACAAACAAGAAUCCUCAAAGAACUGCAAGCAACAAUCAGUUGACGGGAUCAUCGACCUCGUCAUUUAAAGCAACUACCUUUGACAGCACCAGUAAUCUCAAGGGAUCAACUUCGUCCUAUCAAAGCGCCAUGUUUGACAAUGUGUCUACAUCUGGUCCGUUUGAGGAAAAGUUUAAUAAUAGUACGUUUGGAGGUGGUGAUGAAUUUGGUUCGUUUGGUGUGUCGAAUGAACAACCAUUCAAUCCAUCCAUGGUUGCUACCAAUGCCAGUGGCACCAACUCUUCUAGUUCAUCUUCCAACAAUAUUGCAGCUGUUGCAGCCGUAGGCAAGAAUCCAUUCACAUCAGCAGCUAUUGAUGACAAUGCAAGCAAUGGAUCUGCAUCCAACAAGGCAGAGAUUGGGUCAACCGACUUUUCAUUUACCACUGAUACCUCUGUAUCGAGUAGUACUACUGCCUUGUCUGCCGUCUCUGCAGCUCCCGUUACCAUUGCUCAAUCAUCGCCAACCACUACAUUGGCCAGUGCCAUCUCCUCUUCAUUGUCGGCCAUUACAUUUGAAAAGGACAAGGAUAGUGGAUUCGAUACUUUUGACUCGUUUAGUGGUGCCAAGGAUCCAUUUGGAUCAUCCAUCUUCCCAACCACCUUUUCAUCUGCUACUUUCUUUGGCCAAUUUACUACAUCUUUAAAUUCUCAAGAUAAUCAAAAUCAACAACAUCAACAACCACAAACAAUAACAUCACCACCAUCUUUUGAUGAACCUGCAAACAAUCAAAAACCAUUUGGUGAUGAUGAUAAUGAUGGAUUUAGUGAUUUUAAACCAGACCAACAACCACAACCACAACCAAUAACAGCAGCUGAACCAAAUCCAAAUGGUGGAGGUGGGUUCGAUGGAUUUGAUGAUUCAUUUGAUGAUUGGAACCCAGGAGCACCAUCUAAAUUUAAUACGACAUUUAAUAAUUCACCAUUUGGUGGAGGUGGUGAGAAUGAACCAAUAACAUCUGAAAAUCUAUUUGGUCAACCAUCAGCAGUACCAGUCAAUAAUGGAAACGGUAAUGGUGAAAACAAUGGCAACGAAAACGGUGGUGGCAACGGUACCACUCAACCAUCAUCCUUCUUCUUUGAUGACAAUGCCUUUACGGAAAAGUUUGAUUCAUCCUUUUAA